GUGUGAUGACUGUUUAUUUCUGGAUGGCUGACGUUGGAAAACACCCUACCGUUUGCUCAACCUAGUUGUACGAGAUACAGUGGAAUCUCUUGGAAGUGCAAGCCGAUACAUCUGCUCACAGCUAGGCCUCAGUCACAGCGUAGGAAACAUGGACGUAAAAGCCAAUCCAUUUGAUGACGGAGAUGCCGUCCAUAAACUCGGUCCCUUGGCAGAAAGAUCUGAGGAGUACAAGGAAUGGUUACUGGGGGUGUUGAGAAGUAACAACUGCCAUAGGAUACUUGAUGCAGCGUGUGGGACAGGUGUAGAUUCCCUUUUCCUACUCGAGCAUGGCAUGGAUGUAGUAAGUUGCGAUGAUGCCGAGGCGAUGCUUAGUUACGCAAGGUCGGAAAAGGAACGAUUGGAACUCAAAGACUGGGUUGUCAAACAAGCGAACUGGCUGACAUUAACCGAAGACCUACCAUCUUACGAACCAUUCGACGCAGUGCUUUGCUUGGGGAGUUCCAUUUUACACCUCGUUGAUUUACCGCCAGCGCUGAGCCUCCAUCGGAAAUGUUUGACCAACUUUAAGAAGUUCUUGAAACCAGGUGGGUUGCUGUUGAUCGACCAUAGAAACUUGGAUUCGAUGCUUGAUCGUGGAGUAGUAGUGAACAGGAACGUUUAUCAUAAGGAUGACACUUUGCCCAGUGUAUCAAUCGAUGUGAUAGAAAAGGAUGGGGUUCGGCAGCGGGUAGACAUUAUCUACGAUAUGGUUGUCAAAUGUGAAGAAACAGGGAAAGACAAAAUAGAAAAGGUUACAAUGCCAUUAGCGCCAGUUCACGUCAACACAUUCAGCAGUUUACUCAAAGAGAUAUUUGGACCAAACUGCAAGUACUCCCUCUACGGUGACUUAAAUCUUCAAGAGCAGGGUGAUACAGAAAAUACGGUAUACUUUCAGCACGUGGUACACGAAUGUAUAAGAGAGUAAUUUGUAGAGUACCAAAGCGAUGACGUCAGUUGUCAUGGUGUCAUGGCGGCCUGGUUCUAAACAAAUUAAUCCGGAAUGAAGGCAUGUGUUUAUCAUAGGAGAAAAUGGCUGCUAUCGGAAUGAUCGCUUGCAACCUAAUGUUCAGACGAGCCAAAGUCAUUUGUCAAUACAAAUGUGUACAGACGGUCGUCAACGCGACUCUGUUUAGAACCAGCCUGUCAUGACACCAUGGCAACUGACGUCACACUUCGGUACUCUAUUAGAACAAAUGCGUACUCAUUAAAGUCCCUUUCACUAUUGGUGUUGCGACUCCUUACAACCGUUGCGUUUCUGUGCAACAUAUAUUCUGACCACAUGAUUGCAAACGAUCGCACGACCAAAUGUGAAAGCCUCUUUAAGUGCGUACUCAUCGUGUGCUGAAAUCCCUAAUAGGGCCUGAUCUCUCCUGUCUGGGACUAUCAUACAAGUGAUGCAUGCGCAUGAGUUCACUAUGCGAUUUAUCCUCACUCGAGUUGAAGCUCUGUUCAAUCCAUUGCAUGAACCCUUAAGGCUAAAUGCAAUGGGGUGAACACGAAUUGAAUGGAUCAUUAUUUCAUCUUUCACCGAAUGAAGUAUUCUUUCCAUGGCACGAAUGAAAAAAACAACAUUUGGUUUAUAUGACACCUAAAAAAUAAUCAUUACUUUUUUAAAUCAUGUGAUAUUCAUGAAUUUCUAUGCAAUACGUGCUCAUGCAGUGCGAGUUCGGUCUGUUUAUUUAUUGUUACGUCAUUACAACAUGCGCACUGCUGGUGCGUGAGCUGCAGCAAAGAGCUGCAGUCUCGGUGCGAUAGUGCAAAAUAGACAAAAUCGUAUGGAUCCAAAAUUGCACGAUGAAUGGAAAAAAAUGCACGGUUGAUGACGUCAUUGUAAAAUGGGCUGAAUGAACGAUAUCAAACAACCAAUCAAACACAAGGAUUUAUCUAGAUGUCAUAUAAUUUGGUUUAUUCAACGAUUUUCUUAUAUCUGUUUGACAAAAAAGAAGAAAAAAUAACAAAAGCAGAUGUAACUGAAAUAUAUUUUGCCUUUAUCGGACAAUUCAUUUUCUCUGAAAACAUUUUUCGUUUUUUUAAAUCUAAAUGAACACAGCAUAGACAGCCUCGUUUAGCCGUGCUAUGAGGGGAAACAUGCACUGUCGCCGGACAAUAGAAAAUGAAAUGUACAUGCAGCGCAAAAUGGAUCAAAUAUUGAAUGGCUUUCAACCAAUAAAAUGAUAAGAAUAUUUGUACGAGUUGUAUAGUCUGCAACGAACCUCGAUUCCUACAAGGGUUGGCCCUUCUCUUAAAUGGUUCCGAAAUUACGCGAUACAUGUCGGACCAAAUUUUCUCGACAACGUGAUUUUGUAUACAAACUUCACGCAGUCUGCCUGAGUCGAAUCGAUUUUAAAAUUUGUGUUCGAUCGAUGUUAUCGAGCGUCGGUAAAGUUCUAUUUGUUAUAUAUGUUUUAUUUUGUAUAUGAAUUGAAGUUGCCAAUAAAAACUCAAUACAAAAAAGGGUGCCGUGGCCGAGUGGU